AUGGCUUACAUCAGCUGGGACCGUUACUGCAUGGUUACCAUGGGUCUCAAGUACAAACUAUACCAGACCAAGAAGAGGGUAGGGCUGAUUCUUACGUCAACAUGGACGAUCGUAAUAGGUUUCUUCUCCUUUCUAGAGUUCACCUGGAGUUUCAUGACCGGUCAAACUGAUGCGGAUCACACUGAAACAUGCAGAAUGGCGUUCGUCUACAACCGUUUUGCGACAUUGUUCAUCAACUUUAUUUCCUUUAUCACCGUACUUGCCGUCGCAAUCGUGUUGAACUGUUUCGUCUACCUAAACAUUCGGAGAAGAACAAAGGAAAGUGGUGACCGUCAAACUCCCACGUAUUGCAAUGAACAGAUUCCAAAGCAAACCUCUGAUGCUGUCACCAAGAAACCCAUAUGUACUAGCUUGCAUGUCAAAGGUUUUUGUCAUCAAAAGUCGAACUUAGGGAAAACGAUUUCGCCUACUGUCGGUGACACUCGGAGCACUGAGGCUGCGAGAUCGAAGCGAGACGCAGGCAUCAACAGCUUUGAGAUGACGUCCCCUGAUGCAAUUAGAAUACACCUACGAGACAAGAAUAGCAGAAACAGACUAGCCAAGCAUCGAAAAGCAUCCAUCGUUUUGAGUAUCCUCACAGGAUGCUUCAUACUCUUCUGGACACCUUACAAAAUAAUGACCAUCGUCUUUUCCUUCUGCGGAUCCAGCUGUGCUUCUGCUGUUUUGUGGGAGGUUCUAGAAGUUAUGGUAUGGUGCAACUCGACUGUAAACCCAUUCAUUUAUGCUGCCACGAAUGUCCAUUUUCGCAGAAACUUUAGCCACUUUCUGUUUCUUGACCGUUGGCCAUGCGGAACAGUUUCUCGUAAAGAUCACCAUACGGCUGAAGCCCACGGAACAGGCAACUAG